AUGUCUGUCACCACUCAACCUGGUAUUCCGCCAGUGGCGCUGGACACUAUUACCCAGCACAUCGGCAACACCCCCCUCGUGCGACUGAAUCGCCUGCCCCGCAGCCUGGGUAUCGAUGCUACCGUCUAUGCCAAAUUGGAAUAUUUCAAUGCUGGUGGCUCCGUCAAGGACCGCAUCGCCCUGCGCAUGAUUGAAGAGGCAGAACGCUCCGGUCGCAUCAAGCCAGGCGACACCCUGAUUGAGCCGACCAGUGGUAACACUGGUAUCGGAUUGGCAUUGGUCGGUGCGGUCAAGGGCUACAAAACCAUCAUUACCCUCCCGGAGAAGAUGUCAGCAGAGAAAGUCUCUGUCCUACGAGCUUUGAACGCGACAAUUAUCCGAACACCCAACGAAGCUGCUUUUGAUUCCCCCGAGUCUCAUAUUGGAGUGGCUAAGCGCCUGCAGAAGGAGCUUCCCAAUGCUCACAUUCUUGAUCAAUAUGGCAAUGAAAACAAUCCCAAUGCUCAUGAAUUCGGCACUGCGGAGGAGAUUUGGACCCAGACAAAGGGCGAGAUCAAGGCCAUUGUUGCCGGUGCUGGAACCGGUGGCACUAUUACUGGUCUGGCCCGUGGUCUCAAGAAACACAAUCCUAAUAUCGAGGUCGUUGCCGCUGACCCUUUCGGUUCUAUUCUGGCUCUGCCCCCCUCUUUGAACGAAUCCCGUGUCAACGAGCCUUACAAGGUUGAAGGUAUCGGUUACGACUUCAUUCCGGACGUGCUGGACCAGAAGAUCGUCGAUCGGUGGUAUAAAACUGAGGACAAGGAGUCCUUCCAGUAUUCACGCCGCCUGAUCGCCGAGGAAGGUCUCCUGGUUGGCGGUAGCAGUGGCAGCGCAGUCGCUGCUUUGGUGAAAGCCAACGAGGAGAAGAAGUUCUCCAAGGACGAUGUGGUUGUUGUCGUUCUCCCAGACAGCAUCCGAAGCUACCUAACAAAGUUUGCUGAUGAUGACUGGCUUGCAGCCAAUAACCUUCUUGCUGCUCUUCCCGUCGAAGUCAAAGCUCAAACGCAACAACCUGCUGCUGCUGCUGCUGCUGCAGAUCCCCUGGCCGGAGCUAAGGUCAGCGCUUUGCGGUUAAAGCCAAUCACCACUGUGACUUCCAGCUUCUCGUGUGAGGCUGCUAUUGAGAUCAUGCGUGACAGGGGAUUUGAUCAACUCCCUGUCCUCGCUUCUUCAGGCCGUAAGCUCGUGGGUCUUCUGACCCUGGGUAAUGUCCUUAGUCGUCUGACACAUGGACGUGUGUCCGGUCAAACUCCCGUUUCCGAGGUGAUGUUUGACUUCUCAAAGAUUCCUGAAGUUGUCACCGAUCCUCGUGAUAUGGGUGUGACAAGCCAGUCCAAUGCCCAAUCCAAUGGCUCUAGUACCUUGCGAGCUCAGCCAAGACGUCGUCAGUUCAUUGAAAUCACUAUAGACACCCCUCUGAGCGUGUUGAACCGCUUUUUUGAGUGGAACAGCGCUGCCGUCGUGACAGAGAAGGACGCCAGUGGAGCUUUGAAGCCACUGGCCGUGGUGACCAAAGUGGAUUUGCUCACUUGGAUGUUGCACAACAAGAACACCAACGCUUAG